UGUUUUUCCCAUUUCGUCUCCCGCUUUCGUCUCUCCCAAGUCGCACUGGUUUUCGGUUACUCAGGAGCAGAAAUGUACGCCGAUCGAACUGCGGAUUCCCGGCGCAGCGAAAUAUCCAUCAAAGAUCGCCUAGGCAACAACAGAACAUCCAUCAAAGAUCGCCUUGGCAGCAGCAGAUCAUCCAUCAAAGAUCGCCUCGGCAGCUGCAAUCUCAGCCGUUCGGUGUCUGGCCAAGAUCACCACCACCACCAUCAAGCAGUUCUCAAGCGGCAACGCCAAGAUGAUAUCAAACGGGAUCAUGAUCUUUCUGCCGAGACAAAACAUCCAAUUAAAAGAGCUGUUCCAGAAAACCUGAGAGUGACGGUCUUGCAAGAUAAUAUCAUCCCUGGAAUCUCUAAGAAUGCUGUUCAAGGCGGUUUAAGCAAGGUGAACGAGAAAAUGUUACGGACGGUCAAGACUCAGCAACCAAAUGGCAGCCCGUCUUGUCUGUCAAAUGUUAAGGGCAUGUCUGGUGCAGAACUAGUUUCAGCAAAGAAGCCUGCUGCCCAGGCCGCAGCUACACCGAGCAUUGUGGGACAGAAAAAGCAGGGUGUGGCUGAUGAGAUGACGGUUGCUUCACUUCUCCAAAGCUUGGGCCUGAGCAAAUACGCCAUCGCCUUUCAAGCUGAAGAGGUUGACAUGUUUGCUUUGAAACACAUGAAUGACGAUGAUCUCAAGGCAAUUGGGUUGCCCAUGGGCCCGCGGAAGAAGAUCCUUCUGAGUCUUGCUUCUGUGAAAGGUAGGAGGUGAAGAGUUUUUACAAGACCAACAGCUAAAUCGACAAUCAAUCUUCAGCGGAACAUACUUGCCGGAGUCUUCGCUAAUGCAUCAAGCGCUUAAUUAUGUGGAUCUUCUGAAGGCAUUUGCGGGAUGGAAUGGGUGAGCAUUUUGAGCUACCAACCCAUCUACACUUGUACAGAUUUUCAUUACGAACUUUGAAUCUAGAGAUGUUUUUCUCAAUGCUUUGAGCUUGCAUUGUUUGGGUAUUGUAUUCAUAGAUGAUUUUUCACUAAUUCAGGGGAACUUGGGCUGUUAAUUCA